UCGAUCGACCGAGGCGCAGGAUACUCACUUCUUUGCGACCAACUCUCAAACUUCUCAAAAAGACAUCAGUCAAGAUGGUUCAAGGUCCUGUAUGUUCACCCACUUACAACACUUGAUGCUUUGCUGUUCGUCGGGAUAGGCGCACGACAACCUCAGUCUGCGGAUUACCUAUCCCGGCAGCGAUAUCAUGAACAGUAGGCUAAACGGUGGAUUUUCCGUUAUACAGAAGCACCCCCACGGCGCCGGUGGUCUCAAGGGAGGCCCCAAGGCUAGCAAGCAGAAGAUUACGAAGAAGUUCAUCAUCAACUGCUCGCAGCCCGCCAGCGACAAGAUCUUCGAUGUCUCCGCCUUUGAGAAGUUCCUCCACGACAAGAUCAAGGUCGACGGCCUGACCUCCAACCUCGGUGACAAGGUCGAGAUCUCCCAGUCGGGUGACGGCAAGCUUGAGGUUAUUGCCCACAUCAACUUCUCCGGCCGCUACCUCAAGUACUUGACCAAGAAGUACCUCAAGAAGCAGCAGCUCCGUGACUGGCUCCGCGUGGUCUCCACCUCCCGCAACGUCUACGAGCUCCGCUUCUUCAACGUCGUCAACGACGAGGCCGAGGAGGACGAGGAGUAAAUUAUUCCCUUUCAGUCGUAACACAUUGAUAGAGAAUAAUAAAAGUUAUAUCUUGUCCAAAGACGACCUAAGGAGUGC